AUGACGUCCGCGAUCUUGGGCGCGCUGUUCCACUGGCGCACGGUAGCAGCCGUGUACCCCGUGAUGUGCGCGAUCGGUUUCAUCGCUCCGUUCUUCGUGACUUCCACUCCGAUGUGGCUGCGGUCCCGGAAGCGGGAAGAGGAGGCCCGACUGGCCGAGAAGUGGUUCGGGUUCCAGCUGAACCGAACCGACGACCUACCAACGCUGCCACCGCCCCCUUGCGCGGCUGCGGUCAUGGCCACCUUGACUCGGGUCGACUCGACGGUUGGUGCGAUCAUGGACACGAACGUGAGUUGCUGGGGCACGUACACCUCACCCACCGUCUGGAAGCCCACGCUCGCCUCACUCGCGUUCUUCUGCUGCCAACAAGCGUCCGGGUUCUACGUGCUGCUGUUCUACUCGGUGGACGUGAUGCGUGACUGCCGCGUGUCCAUCGACGGCAUGACUGCCGCCGUGUAG